UGGGCUCGAUUCAAGCCCUUUCUGUAUCUUGCAUUGCUCUCUUCCUAAUCUGCAUUUGAUUUAGCUGCAGACUGUGCAGGUUUGCUAGCAAACGUAGAGCAUCAAGUGAUUUCAGCCUAGCAGUGGACUGGCAAGAUGAAGGAUCCACAAACUGCAGGGAGCGUUGCUCUGGGGAAGAAGGGACACGACUGCACAGCUAAAGAUCUCAGUCUUCAUGAAGCAGUUAUGGGAGUUCCCAAGCAGAUCCUGAGCAAGACUAUGUGCAGCAAUGCCCCAGAAUCUAUGGGUUUGAAGGACUGGCUAUGUGACUUCUGCUGCCUGAGAAUGGGGUGGCAGGAACACCCUAAAAAUGAGAAACAACGUUUAGUUAACAAUAACAAUCCUUUCCCAUCCUACACCAUGAACCAUGAUGAUGAAAGGAAUCUGUGGAGUUCACCCCAUGACCUAACUCACUUAGAAGCUGUGGAUGAUCGGAUGCUGCAUAACUGGAUACAGACCAGGAACCAGCUGGAGAAAGACUCGGAGGAAUGGCAAAAACUCAACUAUGAGAUUUACACCUUGAGGCAAGCAAGGAGAGAGGUGCGAGCCAGGUGGAGGAAGAUCCUUGAGGACUUGGGGUUCCAGAAAGAGGCAGAGUCCCUACUAUCUGUGACAAAACAAAGUACCAUCAGUAAUCCACAAAACAUGAAGAGAGCCAUGGAGGUGCUCCUGCUGCUCACUGAUAAUACAAGCAUCUUCCCAGCUGGAUGGGACUUAUCAGAGAGAUACCUUUACAUUACGGACCGUCUUGUAUGUCUGGAUGCUGUAGAUGACUUCUUGAAAAUUGCCUGUAAGAAAUACCCAAAAAUGUGUGUGGAAACAAAACAGUGAGGAUCUUUUCUUUAAAUACUUCCAUAACACCACAAAUGUUGUUUCUUUUUCUUCUAUUGGGCAGUAUUAACUUCCCCUAAAUGCAGACAAGAGCCUUGUUCUUCCUUUUCAUCUCAGUUGCUCCAUUGUAACUUAGAACAACAAUCCCACAUAAAGAAAUGUGACUGCAAAAGAACCUACAUCAAACAUGGCGCAAGUGGUAUUUCUGGUGAAGACCCAUGUAUUUAGUGAUCUAUGCUAUCCAUUUCCAACCAAUGUCCUUCUUGGCUCUAGAAGACACCUUCAUAAAAACUACUUCUGGUUAGCAGUUGUUCCACGCAACCAAAGCCUCAAAACCCAAGAUCUUAAAUGUGAAGACGCUGCCUUAAUCCUUCCAACUGCUUUAACCAAUCCCAGUGAGACUGGGUGUUUAAAAUUCGGACUCCUAAACAAGUGGAUUUCCUUUUAACACAGCUUCAGAAUGUCAGGACUUAAUCACCCAUAUCACCAUUAUUAUUCUACUAUGUUGAGAAACUACAAGUAAUGGACCUGAAACAAUAUGUUCAAUGUUUUUUGGGGGUUUAAUGUCCCAGUUAGACUCCCAACAUAUCAGUAUGAUAACAACCUGGAGCAAAGGAGAUAACGUUACAACUACUUUUGUCUUUGGGAAUAAAAUUCAAUGUUUAGCUCAGCAUGUGCCAAAAAAAGCAGAGAUACUAUGCUGCAUUCAUUUGUAAAAUUAUUUAAUCUCCAGUUGACUUGCUCUGUUUUUUAUUAUUGUUUUGUCAAUGCGCAGUUCAACUAAUAUUGAUGGUUUUUAAUGUAAAAAUGUAAUUUUUGACUGUCAUUAGAGAUUAUUGAAAUAAGACCUCUAGUGGCAGACUUGAAUAUGACUCGUAAAUUUGUAUGACUGUUGUCAAUUGGUGACCUUAUUUAAAAUGAUUAGAUUUACUGAC